AUGACUCUACAGCGGAUUGAUCCAGCAUUGGUAGACGCUCUACGCGCCAUCGCGAAGUCCCGUGGUUUCUCCUUGAACGCUCGAGACGAAUCAGGCUACGUCGCACUUACACGAAAUGCCCAAGCCUCCGUUGAGUUCCUCUUGAAUCUACCGGAUUAUAACGAUCCAAGACUGGUUCCCCCAGUGGACAACCAAGGACGGGCAUAUUCUCGGCCGAAGGCAUCAGAGAAUCCACUGAAUGCGUGGAGCCACAAGACAAACAUCACUGCUUCAGUCCCGGCAGAUGGGCUGGGUCUGCUCAUGGGCAGAACUAUCGCUAUCAAGGACAACAUGCGAGUGGCGGGAGUUCCACUGACAGAUGGAACGCAACCAUUUCAUUUGAGUGAAGACAAACCGUAUCCUAUUCCACAGUUGGAUGCUACUAUUGUCUCACGAGUGCUCGAUGCUGGCGCUACAAUCACGGGAACGUCAACCUGCGAGAAUUAUUGCAUGUCGGCUAUGUCGUGCACAAGCGCUACUGGCCCAGUGCAAAACCCUUGGCUCAGUGGUUACACAUCUGGAGGGAGUAGUAGCGGGAACGCUGCUCUCUUGGCCAUUCAUGCCGUGCAAAGGUGGCGUGAAGAGCGCAAUCUUCCUCCAGCAAACCAUCUUGGAGAAGGCGUAGACCUGGCUCUGGGAGCAGAUCAAGGAGGGAGCAUCAGACUUCCUGCAGCUUACUGUGGAGUGUAUGGUCUCAAGCCAACCUUGGGUCUCGUGCCGUACACCGGCAUCGAAGGUUUGCAUCCCUUGUGCGACCAUGCCGGGCCGAUGGCCAGCUCGGUCCGAGAUACUGCGCUCCUACUAUCCGUAAUCGCUGGAUACGAUGGCUUUGAUCCACGAAUGACGCCUGAGUCUCCUCUCCGGGAGCGCGUGCCUCAGUACCACGCCCUGCUUGACGCUGAAAUCGCAGCACGGACUGUGGCAGAGACUUGGUCUCCGACAAGCGCCGCCAAAGGUCUACGCGUCGGUAUACUGCAAGAGUCCUUCGACAUACCCAAUCUCGACCCAGAAGUAGCAUCUAUCAUCCGUACGGCAGCAUCCCGCUUCGCUGAACUCGGUGGUAUCGUCGAGGAGGUUUCUAUCCCGCAACAUGCUUAUGCCCCUCACACAUUUUCUGCCGCCGUGGGUUUGCACGCAGCGGACACGUUCCUCAACCCAGCGCCAAGUGCUCUUUCGUACCCCUUUUCGACAGCCGCACCGUCCCAAAACCAACAUUGGUACGACAACCUGACGGCCAGCAACCCGCAGGCUGUACACAUAUUCCUGACCGGCCUGUACCUACAGGAUCGCCAGCGCUGCCCCGAAAGCGUGCGCGCAAAGGUGCUGAGCCACGUGCACGAGCUACGCGCCGCGUACGACGAGGCGCUGGCCAGGUUCGACGUGCUCAUCACGCCGGCAAAUCCGACUCCGGGCGUCAAGCAUGCGGAGCAAGGACUAGGCGUCAAGGACAAGGCGGACUUCUUGCUGAGUAACACCCUGAAUACUUGCCCGUUCAACGUCUCGGGACACCCAGCUCUGGUGAUCCCGGUCGGCUGGGGAGCGGUGAAGGGCGAAGAGGACGCUCGGUUGCCAGUUGGAAUGCAAAUAGUGGGACGGCGAUGGGGCGAGGAGACUUUGUUCUUGGCGGCUGCGGCAUGGGAGGUUCUUGGAAAGGGACUUGAUGGGGUAAGGACUUAG